CAUAACCUCAACCUUAACCUUAUAGUGACGGUGUCAGACCUAUCAUUCUUUUGCAGACUUUGUCUUUGUUUAAUUCAAAGAAAUAACACACAAACGCAGGGUUAAAGAUGAUCAUUCCAGUUCGUUGUUUUACAUGUGGUAAAGUCAUCGGUAAUAAAUGGGAAGCAUAUUUGGGCCUUUUACAAGCGGAGUACACUGAAGGUGAUGCUUUGGAUGCUCUUGGCCUGAAGAGAUAUUGCUGCAGAAGAAUGCUACUGGGACAUGUGGACUUAAUUGAGAAGUUACUCAACUAUGCUCCGCUUGAAAAAUAGUUCCACUUUCUUGUCAGUACUUCUCGUCGUUUUAAGACAAAUCUCCUUAUAAUUUUCAAUAAGCUAGUGAAUGAAUUGAAGAUGUAUUUAGCAUUAAUCAGAAGUCUAAAUUCCAAGCUUGUCAGAUGUUUGUUUAGAAUAAUGUAUUCAAAAGAACUGCAAGUGUAGGAUAUUGAUGUGGAAUUACUUAUCAGUUGAAAAAUAGAGGUUACUUUGUAAAAUUUCUGAUUUAUUACAAAUUAUAUCAAUUCUUUAAAAAACAACUUGUGAUUCAAAAGGUAAUCAAUUUUAACUGUACACAUUUAGAUUUUCCUACAGUUACCUAACAAUGUACAUGUUCUCUCACUGAUUUGAGAAAGCAAAGUGGCCAAUUCGCUCAUCAGUGAGACAAUGUUAAUAUUGUCUCACUCCAGAUUUGCAACGUGAAGGCACGAAAUAGUGAGCGCGUAACAUGCAGACAAGGUCUUAUGCGCGCGAAAUACGUUGGCAGCACUGGCUGUAAAUCAGCUGGUCAGCUGUUGUACUGUUGUAUCAUUAAAUGUCAUAUUAAAAGUUCACUUCUGUGUAAAAAUAUGUUACGUUUCUUUACCAAUUUAUUUGUUUCAUGAUAACUGUAGGAAAAAUAUAAUGUGCAACUCGAGUGCAAAGUGCAAUUGCCUCACUCAAGAAACCAUUAAGUAAGUAUUUCUCUUGAGUGAGUCAAUUGCUCACUUUGCUCACUAAGUUAGUUGCACAAGAAAAUAUUGUUUACCCAAAUUCAGUUAUAACUUAGGGAGUCUGCUUAUUAUUAAUUUGAAAACUUUUAGUUCUCUUGUAGAUAUAAUGGUAGUUCAAAAUACCUGUGAUUUUAACAUUUAAGAUGUUUUUUUAUAAUACAAGCAAUUU